CCUUCGAGUUUAAUUUGUUUUUUUCAUAUUUUUGAAUCGGUAUCAAGUUAGUAAAAAAUGAAAUGUUCAAUAUCCAAAAGUCAAAAUUUCAAAAGGAUUGGGAUAGAUAGUCACAGAUCAUUCAAGAGAGGUAAUCAUAGAUUAAUUUUUGACUAUUGUAUAAUACAGUAUCACCGAGCAAAAUUUAUAUCAGUUUCAAAAAGUAAAAUUUCAUUGGUUCAAAAGUUUUUGACAAUUUUUCUUGGUGAAUGUUACAAGUUAGGACUUACAUUCUUCAAAAAGGUAUUGAAAGAUUUGAAAUCUAUGGAAGAACAAAACUAAAAACUAUUGAAAUAUGUGAAUGAGUUGCAAUACAGAUGAUGUCAAAGAAGAGGAAAAAAUAAGCAGAAUAGAUGAGCAAUGACUGGGUGUCAUUGUAAGAACACUAGUUUUUAAAGAGAGGAAAUUCUUAUUAAACAAUACGUGAACUGUCAAAUGAGUAUAUUAAACAACGACACCAGAAUUCGGUUAUGUCUGUUACGAAACACGGGUAGGUAGCAUUUGUUGAUUGUUUUGCCAGCUAUGACUCAUACCGCUGCAGAUUACGAAUUUACGCUUCAACACCCCUCUAUAGACGUUUUAAAAACAUUGCAUUGAUUCAUAGCAGUGUACAGUUGGAGAUCGACCUUGCACACGUCUCCUGGCACACGGAUCCAAGUUAUAGUACAAUCAAAUUGUAUUUUCGAUAUAAGCUAUUUCAUUCAACUACAAAAAGCUGUAUUCUCGAUUUAAGUUACUUCAUUUUAGUUUUAUUGUUAAAAAGUUGUUGAAUAAUCUUUUAGUGAAGUAGUCAGUUGGAAUUGUUUUCUAAUCUACAGGAGUGUGGGUUGAUAACCGACACGUACAGACCAAAUGGAUGAAGAUGCUAUUCCAGCUGAAGAAAUUGAAAGGAAUGAGGCCAAAGCAAACGAUAUAUACCAGAGAACGAGCAGAUAUUCUAAUGCUAGCAAUGUAAUUCGAUCCAGACCCAGACGCAAAAGGCAGAUAGUAGAAACUAGACACUAUUUCUUCGGAAACCGCGUUGAAGAAGUUGUUAAAGAAGUCGAGAAUACUGGAAGAAGAAAAACUCUCAAAACGUCUCAGGAAAUUUAUAGUGAAAAGCAAGCUUUGAAAAAUCACGGUUUGUUAUUUGGAAAUGUCGAUGCUCCAAGUGAUAGUGACAGCGGGAAAAGCGAUUUCGAUGAAGAGUAUUACAAAUACAAACCGCAACCGAUACAAGUAGACCCUAGUCAAGUAGUGGUCAUAGAGAAAAGGGAAGAUGGAGAUCAAGAUUUGCAUGAAAGUAACGAGGAACUUAUUAGUGAGAUUUAUGGGUUUCAAAACAAUCAACAAAAUAGUUUGGAAUGCAACAACAGUGAAAUGGUGGAGCAGACUCUUCGACAGAGGAGAAGGAAAGGUGGAGAUCGAAAUUCACAAGAAAAUAACAGGAAACUUAAUAGUGAGAUUUAUGGGUGUCAAAACAAUCAACAAAACAGUUUAGAAUGCCACAACAGUGAAAUAGUGGAGCAGACUCCUCGACAGAUGAGAAUGAGACCGGAAGGAAACAAAAUUGGAAAAAGGCUGAGAAAACAACUUAGCAACCAAUAUUUUGUCCCGCCUCUCGGAUAUUCUCAUAGUCAAUUCGAUGUAAUAAUAAGAAGGCUUGAUGAACUAGCAAAUAGUAUCCGCGCCCAGACACAAUCAACAAAAAAAAAGGCUGCUGGUGAAGUGCCUUCUCUAAAGAAGGAAAGUGGAGGGUUGGAAAAGGUUUGUCCGCCAAAAAUUGAAGAAAAAAAUACGUUGAACGUGAAUAAAGAAUCGGAAGUUGUUUCUCCAAUAAAAAUUGAGGAAAACUCAUGCAGUGAAAGUGUAAGACUGAAAGAUAUUUCUCUGUCAAAACUUGAGGAAAAUAAUGUACCUUCUCUAAAGAAGGAAAGUGGAGGAUUGGAAGAGGUUUCUCCGUCGAAAGUUGAAGAAAAAAAUACGUUGAACGAGAAUAAAGAAUCAGAAGAUGUUUCUCCAAUAAAAAUUGAGGAAAACUUAUGCAGUGAAAGUGUAAGACUGAAAGAGAUUUCUCCGUCAGAACUUGAGGAAAAUAAUGAGCCUUCACCAAAGAAGGAAAGUGUAGGAUUGGAAGAGGUUUCUCCGUCAAAAAUUGAAGAAAAAAAUACGUGGAACGAGAAUAAAGGAUCGGAGGAUGUUCCUCCAAUAAAAAUUGAGGAAAACUUAUGGAGUGAAAGUGUAGGACUGGAAGAGAUUUCUCCGUUUAAACUUGAGAAAAAUAAUGUGCCUUCUCUAAAGGAGGAUAAUGGAGGAUUGGAAGAGGUUUCUCCAUCAAAAAUUGAAGAAAAAGGAUCGGAAGAUGUUUCCCCAAUGAAAAGUGACGAAAACUCAUGGAGUGAAAGUGUAGGAUUGAAAGAAGUUUCUCUGUCAGAACUUGGGGAAAACGGUACAUGGAAUGAGAACAAAGAGUCUGAAGAGGAUAACCAGUUGGAAUUUGAAGAAAAGAAUGCGCGGACUAAUGGUAGCAGAUGGAAAUCUUUCUUUCGAAAUAUAUUCUGUGGUUUUAACAGUAUUAAACAGCGAAUUGUCUAGAAAUUUGUUAUAUCAUCUUUGUACAUAGAUUUUAUAUUUAUUCAAGGAUAAUGAG